AUGCGUGAAAAUAGUUCCCAAGAUGUAUGCAACAAAAGUUUAGAAAGUUCAGAUGACAAAACGGAAAAUGGAUAUCACAAAGAAAUUAGUGAACAUUUUGAAUCCAGUGAUACUGUAAAGAUAGGAUCUGAGGAUAAUUUGGUUGAAGAUAAAUCCAAUGUAGGUCACAAAGACAAGGCAAACAACGAAGUUUCAGAUUUAAAUUCAAAUCAGACAAUAAAAAGUAACAUUCCAGAUAAUGAGCAAUGCAAUAUUUGUGGUCAAUUUAUAAAUAAUUCUGAUAUUAUAUAUUACCAAGGACACCCACAGGAUGCUGUGGAAGAGUUUAUUGCAUUGACUAAUGAGAAAUUGGUCUUAUCUGCAGGUGAUGAAGGAGAUAUAAUGGAAAGACCACAAACCAACAUAACAGGAUUUUCAAUAUUUGAUCAACAUGGGCACCUAUGUCCUAUUGAUGGUGGACUUGUUGAGAAUGAUGUUCGUAUAUACAUGUCAGGUUAUUUAAAAUCCAUAUGUUCCGACUCUUCUGACAUAGAUGAGGAUUCAAUACCUGUAAAAGAUGUAGGCCCUAUUAUUGAAUGGUUUAUUCAUGGAUUUGAUGGUGGCGACAGAAAUUGUAUCACACUUUCAACUGAAUUUGGCGAGUAUAAUUUGUUGAAACCUAGUACAGAAUACACACCACUUAUGAACAAUUUAUAUGAAAAGAUAUGGUUAAGCAAAGUUGUAGUAGAAUACUUGGAAGAGUUUCAUUAUCUUCAGCCUAAUUAUGAAGAUUUACUCGAAGUCGUUAGAGAAGCGAAAAUUCCAGAGCUGGAUGAUAAAAAAAUGACUGAGGAAAUGCUUCACAAACAUGCACAAUUUGUAUGUGAUCAAGUUGUCAGCUUAGAAACAAAUGAAGAUGACGAUCCUUUGAUUACCUUACCAUGUAUGAGAGAACUUAUAAAGUUGAUGGGCAUAAAAUUCGGGAAACGUAAAAUUCGAGCUAAAAUCGAUUACAAAAAAGUAGACAAAAAAUCUUGGACAAAAGCAACAACGACACCACUAGUAAGAAAAACAUUUGAAAGUUUCUUUACGAACCAGUUGGACAAGACAAAUCAUGAGUUAGUUUUAAGACGAAAAAGAUGUGGUAUUUGUGAGGCCUGUCAGCUACCAGAUUGUGGAGAGUGCAAUGCUUGUCGGGCUAUGGCCAAAUUUGGUGGUCAUGGAAGAACUAAGAAAGCAUGUGUUCGGAGACUUUGCCCUAAUAUGGCUGUGCAGCAGGCUGAGGAUUCAGAACCUGAAGAUGAAGAUGAUUAUCAAAUAAUGGUUGAAAAGAAAAUACAAGAUAAAUUAGAAGAUACAGUACCAGUAAAACUAACAGGAGUUAACAGCAGAAAUAUAAAGUGGAUUGGAGAACCAGUUAAGGCAGAUUCAACAAAAAUCUACUAUGAGAAAGUAGAAAUUGAUGGUGCAGAACUUCAAAUUGGAGACUAUGUCAUGGUGGAAACUUCACAACCAAAUAUACCUGCUUUAGUGGCCAGAGUUGUAUACAUGUGGAAGGAAACAUUUAAUCUUAAAGCGGGUUAUUUCCAUGGCGAAGUUUUUAUAAGGUCAUCAGGGGGCCUCCAAUUUAUGUCUUAG